AUGAAAAACAAAAGAGCACUCAGAGCACUGCUCUCCACGGCAGGACAGUACUUCACGCAGAACAAAGACAAAUACCCGGGCGCCCUGGACAGAAUGGGAAGGCGAAUCGGGGCCAGGCUGCCGAUUGUCCACGGGCUUGGCAGGAGCUGCAUCUCCCACAGCCAGGACACAUGGGGGCGCGCGAUUUCCAACAGGAUACUUCGCUGCCUCGGAAUAGAGGACUCGUCGCACGGGAUUUCAAGCAGCUCUGGGAGAGUGAUCGUGAAGAUCCCGAAGCUGUGGGAGACAGACGACCCGAGCAUGGCUCUGCCUGUUUUCACAGCAGUAAUAGAACGAGUGUUCAGCGGGUGGCAUGUUCCUGUAAGGAUAGAGGUCAACUUGGACAAAAGCAUUCUCCUGGCUAUAGUUCCGGAGGACAAAAAUAAAGAAAAGUAG